CUAAUCCGGAAGCAGCCGCUAACCCGGAAGUGGUCGAGUUAUAGGGCUCUGGAGGUGGUGGCGGCGGCAACUGCGGCUUUGGAGGCAGCUGCGACUCUAGGAUGAACGCCCCUCCUGCCUUCGAGUCGUUCUUGCUCUUCGAGGGCGAGAAGAAGAUCACCAUUAACAAGGACACCAAGGUACCCAAUGCCUGUUUGUUCACCAUCAACAAGGAAGACCACACGCUAGGAAACAUCAUUAAAUCGCAGCUGCUGAAGGACCCACAGGUGCUGUUUGCUGGCUACAAAGUCCCCCACCCCUUGGAGCACAAGAUCAUCAUCCGAGUGCAGACCACACCGGACUACAGCCCCCAGGAGGCCUUCACCAAUGCCAUCACAGACCUCAUCAGCGAGCUCUCCCUGCUGGAAGAGCGAUUCCGGGUGGCCAUCAAAGACAAGCAAGAAGGAAUUGAAUAGUGGGCUGCACCCCACCCUUCUCCAGGCACCAGGUGGACAAGAGUACUUCUUCCAGCCAUGGGCCUCCUUAUAGAAAUUCCAGUGAGCCCCUCACCCCCAACACCAAUAUGUCCUGUACAUAGAGCCUGUUUUACCUUCCUAAUAAAGUGAGGCAGGAAA